GCCGUGCCAGUUCCCAUCAGAUCGACCCCAACAUGGAGUCGCAAACAGCCCUGAAUUCGAGCAAGCUCUCGUCCAUCGUGCUUCUGACCAGUGUUGUGUGGCUUUUUACUCUCUGGAUCGCGUACCGGAUCGCUAUUGCUCUUUACAACAUCUCGCCCUUCCACCCACUCUCUCGGUUCCCUGGUCCCAAGAUCGCGGCAGCAUCCUACCUGUACGAAGCCUACUACGACUGGUGGCUCCUUGGACGAUAUGGCAAAGUGAUUGUUCGCAUGCAUGAACAGUAUGGUCCUAUCGUCAGGAUCAACCCAGAUGAGCUCCACUGCUCUGAUCCUGCUUUCACCGACGAGAUCUAUGCCGGCCCUGGACGCGUUCGCGACAAGUGGCAGCAUCAGCUGAACACUCGUGGUGCCGGACCUGUCUCUGUCACUGGUUUCUCUACAGUCGAUCAUAAUCUCCAUCGUGCACGCAAGGCGCCCCUCUCCAAGUUCUUCUCCCGUCAACAAAUGUUAAAGUUGGAGGGUGAGGUGCAUGACUUCGCUCGACAGACCACGGACAAGAUGUUGACUUUUGCCGGCAAAGGAGCUUUCGAUGUCAAGGAAGCCUUCAACUGCUUCACUGCAGAUGUUAUCUCCCAGUAUGCUUUUGGUGAGCCUAUGGGUUUCGUCGCUCAGGAGAGUUGGGAGCCGAACCUCGCUACCUGGACCAAGUCCUUCUUCAAGAGUGCGUACAUGAUGAGGCACAACGCACUCGCACGGAAAACGGCUCAAGUUAUGCCUUUGAUGGCAGACUACCUGGGCGAAGAUAUCAAGUCAGUGAUGAGACAGAUGAAUGUCGUUAUCCCUGGUUACAUUCAGCAGGCAGUCAAAAACCCGGAGAAUGGCAGAGUUUUCGGGAGUCUUGUCGACUCGACGGCACAGCUAGAAAAUGAGACAUGGGAGGAGACUAUGUUCCGUCUCAAUGGUGAAGGCUUUAACUUCCUGCUUGCUGGUACCGAAACUACUGCUGCCAUUCUGACCGUCUUCACAUACUGGGUACUCGCAAAGCCUGAAGUCUAUGCUCGCCUCAUGCAGGACCUCAAUGGCCUGAACGGACAGAACAUUAAAUGGGUCGAGCUCGAGAAGCGACCGUACUUCUGGGCCAUCCUGCAAGAAUGUUUACGAAUGAUGCCUGGUGUCUCGCACAGGUCCGCACGAGCUGCACCCCAGGAAGAGUUAGUCUACAAGAGCCAGGAUGGAAAGACCGAAUUCGUGAUUCCCAGAAACACUCCCAUCGGCAUGACCUCGAUGAUCAACCACUGGAACAAGGAUCUCUUCCCCAACCCUGACGAGUUUACACCUGAAAGAUGGCUCAUCAAUGGCCAGCCGAACUAUCAGCUGCAGAAGAAGCUGAUUGCUUUCGGAAAGGGCAGCCGAUCGUGCAUUGGCGAGAAUCUGGCGUACUGUGAGCUACACAUCAUGGCAGCCCUCAUGGCAUUCUACGUUGUCCCAAGAUCUAAGCUUGUGAACACCACGGUGGAAGACAUCUCUUAUGACCAUGAUCUUAUUGUUGUACAGACGAAGAAGGGCUCAAUCUCUGUCCGCAUUGCCAUUGAGUAGUCAAGCAAGCCAAUGAAUCACAAAC